AGCGAGGCGGGAAAGCGGCGGCGGCAGCGCUGGGCUCCGGCCCCGUCCUCGGCAGCGGCCCCGGGCCCCGUGCUCGGCCCAGAACCCGAGCGGGAGGAGCGGCCCCGCUGCCUCGGGUAGCGCCGGGGAGCCCUGGGAGACCCGGCUUCCCCUCGCGGCUCGGCCGCGCCGGCCCCCCCCGCCGCCAUGUCGGUGGAUCCCAUGACCUACGAGACGCAGUUCUUCGGCUUCACGCCCCAGACGUGCAUGCUGCGCGUCUACAUCGCCUUCCAGGACUACCUCUUCGAAAUGAUGCUGGUGGUGGAGGGCGUGAUGCUGAAGAAGCUGGACGGCAUUCCCGGCUGCAAAGUCAGCCCUUCCCAGAUCCGGAAAUGCACCGAGAAAUUCCUGCUCUUCAUGAAGGAGCACUUCGAUAAACUCUUCGCUAAAAUGGAAGAAGUGCUGCUGCAGCUGGUGCUGAACAUCCCUAAGAACGUGCUGCUGCCCGAGGACAGGGUGCAGGAGCAGUAUCCCUACAGCAAGGAGGAAUUCCAGGCGCUGCAGGAUGAGCUGCAGCAGCUGCAGCAGCAGUGCCGGGCAGAGGCGGCCGCGGAGCAGGCGCUGCGAGCAGAGCUGGAGGAGCAGAAGGCUGUCAAGGCCGAGCUGGAGAAGAUUUUGCAGUGUUUUGAUGGGCUUGAGAACAUCUGCAGGGAGCACGGGGCCGGCAACUUCAAGGAAAGCUUUGCCCUCCUGACACAGAGCUCUAAGAAACUGCAGGAUGUGCUGAAGGAGGUUGAGGAGAAGAGCAAAAAAAUGAAGCGGCAUGAUCAGUUAAUGUAAUGGAAAUUCUGACAAGGCAACAGAGCUCAUAGGGAGCUUGCUUAAAAUUACAGAGGCUUAUCUUUCCCUUACUGCGCUCAUCCUGCCUGGAUCUGGACUAAAGACUGUUGAACUGUGCCAGUUUGCACCUCCCUAGGGCAGGAAGGGGAGAAAAGGCUGUAAAAUGUAACUCAGAUUGUUAACUUCCUAAGUUUUGGGUUGGAUAACCGGGCUUUGAAAGUACCUUCCUGGCUACUGAAUGUUACCUUUGAACACAAUGUAGCACUUGCCCCUUUUAGGGGUUAUUAAAACGAAGCCUCAUUAAGAGUUUGCUUGUGUUUCUCAGCACAGCGCUACUGCUCCACAGAGCAGAAGCCACUGGAGGAAAUGAGUAAUUCCAUCACUUUGCCCUACUUCACCUUAUGUUGCUUUUUAUAUAUUUGUUUGGGGGUUUUUUGUUGCCCAGCAUCCUUUUCCUACUAAAUAGCAAAGUUCCUUUUAUUAAUGUUUAAUCAGAUUUUCCUGUAAAAAUGUUAUGAAGACUGAUAAGCUCUUGUGUCUUAAUUAAACUUAUUCUAUCUGUACUUAAUUUAAAACCCCUGAGUCUGUGCAUCUUUCCACUGCAGUUUUUUAUCUCCUGUUUAGUCCUAUCAUUAAAUGUCAAUAUUAAUUUCUACUUUACUAGCAUAGAAGCUUAGAAGUCAUUAACCCUGUGAAUCAUUUAGAGGUGACUGUAAUAAAAAAAGUGUACUGAAAAGAGAAAAC